AUAGGUGCACGCAGAACGCCCCGGGAGCAAACUCCGCAGUCCCUACACCCACCCCCCACAUGGCGCACCCCGAGAACCUGCUACCAGCGCUGUCCGUGCUCCUGCUACUGCUGCUACCGUCGCCGUUGCUCGGAGCUGGGAACCUCAGCCCCACAGGGGGUCGGCUCAUGAACAGCUGUAUCCAGGCCAGGAAGAAAUGCCAAGCUGAUCCCACCUGCAGUGCUGCUUACCACCACCUGAAUUCCUGCACCUCAUCACCCGCAGAGGGAGCUGCAGUUUCUGCAGACUGCUUGGAGGCAGCACAACACCUCAGGAAUAGCUCUCUGAUGAACUGCACAUGCCACCGGCGCAUGAAGAACCAGACUACCUGCCUGGACAUCUACUGGACUGUACAUCCUGCCCGCAGUCUUGGUGACUAUGAGCUGGAUGUCUCCCCCUAUGAAGACACAGUGACCAGAAAACCCUUGGAAAUGAAUCUCAGCAAACUGAGCAUGCUCAAACCAGACUCAGACCCCUGCCUCAAGUUCGCCAUGCUGUGCACUCUUAAUGACAAGUGUGGCCGGCUGCGCAAAGCCUAUGGAGAGGCUUGCUCCAGGCCCCACUGCCAGCGUCAUGCCUGCCUCCAGCAGCUGCGUGCCUUCUUUGACAAUGCUGGGGCAUCCUACGCACAGGGUCUGCUGUUGUGCCCAUGUGCACCUUCCGACCUGAGCUGUGGGCAGCGACGGCGCAACACCAUCGCCCCCAGCUGUGCGCUGCCAUCUGGGACCCCCAACUGCCUGGAGCUGCGGCGCCUCUGCCUCUCAGACCGGCUGUGCAGAUCACGCCUGGCUGAUUUUCAGACCCACUGCCAUCCCUUGGACAUCCUAGGGACCUGUGCUACAGAGCAGUCCAGAUGUCUGCAAGCAUACAUGGGGCUGAUUGGGACUGCCAUGACCCCCAACUUUGUCAGCAACGUUAAUGCCAGCGUUGCCUUAAGCUGUACCUGCCGAGGCAGUGGCAACAUGCAGGAGGAGUGUGAGCGGCUGGAACAGUUUUUUUCCCAGAACCCCUGUCUCACGGCGGCCAUUGCAGAUCAGAUGCAUUCACACAGCAAACUCUUCUCCCAGGGCUCUACCUCAGCUGGGAAUGGACUCCAGAACAAAAUCCUUGCUCUGAGGCCACAGCCCUGGAUGCUCUCUCUUUUCUCCUGCACUCUUACCUUGAUUCUGCUCCUAAGGUCCUGGUAACUGGACUUCCCUGGGACCCUCUUCCCCUCUACUACACCCAGCCUGACCUGCCACCUGCAAGAAGUGAGGAAAGAAUGGCAUCGAGAAGGAGGUUGCAUGACAACAUGGCAACCCUGAUCCGCCCCCCCCCCCCCACCGCACAUUCUCACAAUGGAAGCUGACUGGCUCAGUUCUCAUUCCCUCCACUUCUGACUAAGACUGCCCCUUCUUAGGAAUUGGACUCCAUGGUUUAGCCAUAUCUUCUGGUGGUGACCAGUUCUACUAAACUCUCUCCUGGUCCCUUCCCAUCAGGAUCACCAGGUUCUAACGAAUCAUUUUCUAUUGCAUUCAACAGGUAGUCAGGGCUGGGUGUUCUGAGGCAGCCUAGACUCCUCUCCCUUUGUCUCCUUCUCUGAAUGGAGGGUGGGAACCUGUUGCCUGCCCUGCUCUGGUACCCUACAGAGCAUUUGAGUUCAGGAGCUAGAACAUUUAAACUUUGCUUUCUUCCUGCUGCUGUCCCAAAGUCCUCCCUGUCUCUUGGAUCAUAAUUAAACAUUUUGACUUAAAACCUUCCUCUCUUUCCACUUUCUCACAUUGUGAAUUUAUACAGAACUAGAGAUUUUACAGACAGAAGAGCACAGACCAGGUGAUC